CCGACAAGGAACCAACUUAAGAAUCUGUAAAAAUAGACACCGAGAGAGAACGAAGAGGUGGCGAUAUGGGCGGCCAUGAUUGCUCCGAAGAGGAAUCGGAGCGGAAGGAGGCGGAGUUGCUGUUGCAGGAGCGGCGGCGGUGUUUUCUGAAAUUGCCAUGUCUCGGGUCAAGCGAUCGGGCCGGAUUCGGGCCGGACUGGUCGAAGAUGAUGCGAUCGGCCGAGAUCCAGAAGCAGUCGGUGUGGUUCCGGGGGUUCAUGGCCGCGAGGCAACUCCGGCGGUGGUCGGAGAUCCGGUGGAAGUCCUGCCUCCGUCGGCUCGAGAGGCGAAGCAGUAGCAAGGUCGCCGGGUGCGGGUGCGAAGGCGGCGAGGAGAGGGGGAGAUUCCGGUACGACGCUCACAGUUAUGCGCUCAAUUUCGACGACGGACCGGUGCUAAAGGAGAAUUUCUCCGUUAGGUACGCGGCGGUCCCGGCGGCGGUGGCGGCGGCCACUAAGGCCGCUUUGGCCUGAAUGAGGAGGCGGCCGGGCUGUUAACUGAAUUGCGCCGUUUUUUGCGGGCACGAGGUCGAGCUCAGUCUUGGGCCAUGCACCCGUGACACGCCUAUGGAACGAUUCAUUUUCUUCUUUUUUUUGUUGGAAUAAGCCAAUUAGGAGUACUUUUUUUUAUUUAUAUGAUCAAUUUUUACAUUUAGUUGUUCAUUUUUUAUUAAAAACUUAUUUAAAAAAUGUAAAUGUGACAUAACUUUUGUCAAGUGUGAAAAUUGUGAAAAAAUUCGUCUUAAUUCU